GAGGGAACAUGGCGGCGCCCUGUAAUUUGGAGCUUCCGUCCGAGGCUUCGUCUUGUGUAAAAAUACCGAAGGCUGAAGUUUUAUCACCGGGUUCCCCAGUGCUUAGUGACGGAAACCGAUCUCUUUCUAAUCCUUCUACCCCCAGCCGAUCAUCCCCUCUGAACACCGGGACACCUGGUGGUGCCAACACAGGCCUCAGCGGCGCUUCUCCUUCAGUUUCUUUCUCCACUGCAUGCAGGGGGAUGUCCUGGACACCGGCCGAGACAAACGCGCUAAUAGCUGUGUGGGGCAAUGAGCGGCUUGUGGAAGCCCGGUACCAGCAGCUUGAGGGAGCUGGUACCAUCUUUGGAAGCAAAGCUCCCGGGCCUGCUAUGUAUGACCGGGUAUCUAGGGCGCUGGCAGAACUGGGCUAUGAGAGGACCCCGUCCCAGUGUCGAGAGAGGAUGAAGACUCUUCGCAGGUGUUACAGUAGAGUGAAAGAACGGGGUGUCGGCAAAAGGAAGAGCAGCUAUACAUUUGAACAACUGGAGCGUGUGUUUGGGCAGGGAGGAUGGGAUUCUCAGUCAUGCCAACCAGUGCUAAUCAACAGUAGUGGAUUGUAUCAAGAAAUGGAAUCGGAUGGAAGUACCAUGGAAGAGUUUUCUCAAGAUGACUGGGGAAAUCAUAGUCAAGAUAUUCAAGCAUUUCCUGGAGAAGAUCUGACUCCUUGGAUGGUUCAGAAACCUUCAUUACCUUGUCCUCCUAAUGACGAUGAAAUCAGUAUUCCAAAGAAGCCACAGAAGAACAGUGUCCCUUCAGAAGAAGUACAGAAGAGAGACAGUUUGCAAACAAUUAUGCAUAUUUUGGAAUCAGUCCAGCUAAAAUGGGAGCUGUUUCAAAGCUGGACAGACUUUUCAAGACUACAUCUGUCUAACAAACUGGCAAUAUUUGGCAUUGGUUACAACACUCGGUGGAAAGAAGAUAUUCGGUACCAUUAUGCAGAAAUAAGUUCACAGGUUCCCCUUGGAAAGAGACUUAGAGAGUACUUCAAUCCUGAGAAACCAGAGGGGAGAAUAGUUAUGACACGAGUACAAAAAAUGAACUGGAAAAAUGUUUAUUAUAAGUUUUUGGAAAUAACAAUUAGUGAAGCGAGAUGCCUUGAGCUACACAUGGAGAUUGACUGGAUACCUAUUGCUCACUCCAAGCCAAUUGGAGGAGAUAUUGUCCAAUACCUGUUACCUGGUGGCAUUCCAAAAUGCCCUGGUCUUUAUGCCAUUGGUUUUGAAGAUAUGCGUAAUAAGCCUGUUGCAGACCAUGGAGUUGUUGAUUUAGUUAAUGAUGGCAAUUGUGAAAGUCCUACAGGGCUGGCCUCAAAUUCUGAUCCAGUAACCACCAGAAUUAACUACUGUUACCUUGGAAUUGCAGAGAGCAUAACCCUUCAGCAGUGCUUGUUCUUUCAUUUUCAGUCCACUAUCAAGAACCAAAGCAAAGAGUGGGCAAGUAUCAAUGGAUUUUUAGCUCAAAACUGUAAAGUAGAACCUGGAGUGUCACCUAAAACUAUCUACAUCAAAUUUGUUGAGGUGGAAAGAGAUUUCCUUUCUGCUGGAUCACUUGUUGAGUGCCUGGAAAAAGCCAUUGGGUACCCUUUAAAGUUCAACAAAUAAAUCUUAUCCUUUAUAAGGAUUUGGGGCUCUACAGAGAAAAAAAAAUACCAGGGUUUACUCUUGAACUAUGGAUGGAUUGUUUGAAAUGGAGUGACUCAUAUUUGGAUAAAUGUCCAAAAUGUUUUGAGCUUCCACUUUGUUUAAAGAUAUUGUCUUGAGCAAAUGGGGCUUAAUGUGUAUGGGUGGUCAUUUUUGUGUUUUUUUAUAAAGAGAAUUUUAUUGUAGAGCCCUGAUAUAAAUUGCUGUAAGUACAUUCCACAUUGGACAUAGCUUCUUACUUUCAUUUUUCAAAGGAAAUACUGUAUUUUUUUCACAAUAUUUCAUUUUUACAUAUCUGUGUGUUUAAACAUACCUAGGGAAAAAAUGAUGACAUUCAAUAAUGAAUGAAAAUGAAGAUGAUGUCCCCUAACCCAAGUAGCUAAUAUUGUAUAUAAUUUAGAUAAUCACUUUUAUUACCCAUUAAGUGUUUUUACUAUUUCAACCAGUAUUGCCUGCAAAGAAUUUUGUUUCUGUGAUGUACUGUAUCCGCACUCCUAGCUGUGUUGCCAUAUCUUUUUUUUUUUUUUUUUUUUAAAUCAUUAAAGUAAGUAUUGGCCUAUUUGUGUUUUUGUUAGUUGACAUUUUUGUCAUUUUUUAAAAAGGUAAGUAACAUUGAAUACUUACAGUGUAAAGGUCAUACCAAUUUGAUACAACUUAAAUAAAUUGUUUGAAAUAAACUGUUCUUUAUAUGUUUACAAAAAUCCAAAUAUUUCCUUUUUAAACAUGCUUUUUUAUAAACUUGAAUUUUAAAUUAUGAAAUGCCAUAAACCAUUCAGUUUUUAUAAGCUAAAACAUAAUCUUUCAUAUGAUGGUGAGAGUCCACAAGAUCAUCGCAUGUGGGUGUAUAUUCCAGUCCACUAAGAGGAGGCAAAAAAAGAAGACAUCCCAGUGCUUUUAAUUCCUCACACUUUCCUAGCAUCCCUCAGAUUUUUGCCUCCAAGAUUAUGUGAAUUCUGAAGUGUUGAGCUACACAUUCUUCACAGGGGUUCUCUAACUGAUCUGAGGCCCAAUGUCUAUUUGGAGUGCCUACAAAGGCAGAGAAGAAGACAGGAUUUUCAGCCAGACAGUGAAAAUCUUCUUCCAGUGUAGAGAUGUCACAGGCCUCUCAGGUGAAAUUCAGAUUUAUCUGCCAAUCCCUUGGUCUAAAGUGGCUACAGCGUGGGAGAUCCUUGGCACUGUGCUUGCACUUCUUCCGAUGGGAAGUAGUUUAUCUGUACCGUAGACAAAGGUACUAACUGGUAAGUACAGUGCAUUUUUGUAGCCCACUGGCUAUUGGUGUGAACAUUUACGUAUUAUCUACAUAGCCUGGGGACAUAUACAGUAUACACACAGAGCACAACUUUUACAGCAGUUUUGGGCACUUUUAUUGUUUAAAAAAUUGAGGCUACUGUCUUUUUAAAUUUAGCGUGACCAGGUUUAGUGCCCUCUGUUGCUCUUUCUGCAGUUUUUGGACAUUAGGAAUCCUUUUUUAGUGCCCACCAAUAGCACUGGUGCACAAAGGGUUAACUUAAAAACACACUUUCCUGCUUCGUCUCUUCCGAGGUAGCCAUCUUAGCUGUGUCGAGAAAAGCUUUCUGUGGAGGUGGUGAGACCUUUUGCAUAUAUCAGAGUUUAUUGUUUAAUUCUUUACUUGCUGUGGUUAAUUUUUGUUUGCCAUUACUCCUAAUAGAUAUAUUAUAGGGCAUGUGUAGUUCACGGAGGUAUAGUUGGUGACUUUAUUGUUCUCCUCAGGGGCUAACAUCGGUUCUGUGUGCCCUUAUAUUCUGUCCCACGCUAUCUAGACAGCCACUUUAAUUUUUUUGGAGUAACUGGUACAGCUCAGGUCUCUGUACCAUCAGCUGAUCCUUUUGGAGGGGCAUUCUACUGAUCAUUUAACCCCUUCUAACCCUUCUUUACUUUGUAAGAAUAUUCCGGUGUUUGUCAGUGCUCAGUUAUACACCUUCUAUUUUGUCUAUGGCUCCCAUUUAUAAAAUGCUGAAUGGAUAAGGUUAUUAUUGCAACAGAAAAUGCUUGUGCAGCGGCACCCCCAGGCCCUGAAACUGCAUACAUGUUUUUUUGUUUUUUUUUUGUCUAAUCAUAUACAGAGAUUUGCAGUGCUGUCCUUCAGUCAGCGUUUUCAGGCGUCUUUUAAGACUAUACCCCAAGAUUUUCUACUGUACUCUCUCCUAAAUUUAAAUCCACUCAUCUAUUACUGAGUUUAUGGCUGUUAUGCUCCAGCAAUUAAAUAGAAAUGCAUGCAGAAGGUGAUCCUUCCCAGGCCUUUACCUCAUCUGGGACAUACCUUAGAAUCAACCCUUCUCAAUUCCCAACAGAAAAAUAAGGUACAUUUGAGGAUGGAUAUUUAUAUACCCAGGACCCUCUUCUGUGACAGGGGGGUGCAUCCUUUAAUUUCAGACUUGAGCAUAUUCAUGUGCUAUUACAGGAAGCUUUAAUUGCUUUAAAAUCCUGUCGGGUGUAAGACUAGAUGCAAUUUUUGCCAGUUACUGGAGACAAAGGAGCAUUGAUACCACAAGAUAAAAAAAAAUCUUAAGGGGAAACAUAGACCCUCAGGAUGUUUUCGUUCCUUUCAGCAGUCCAAAAACCUUCCUCUUCCCUCAUUCCAGACCAGUUUCUGGUAGGGGCAGAUCGAAUCUGUCAGCAGACUUGGAAGACUAUUUAGGAUCCUUGAAAAUGUUGUCUCAGGGCUAAGUUAUCGAUUUAAAGCCUCCUCUGGGAAGAUUCCUUCUGUCUCUAUUUCCUAAAGGCCUAGGCCUUUCUGGCUUGAGUGAGUUAAAGAUCUGGAAUCUAUAGGAAUAAUUGUUACAGCCUUAGAGCGAAACCAGAGAUUUCCUUCCUAAGAUAGGGAUAGUCCAUGGCUUCAUUCCUCACUGUUGGGAAAUACAAUACCUGGCCACCAGGAGGCGGCAAAGACACCCCUCUCAAAGGCUUAAAUAUCCCUCCCACUUCCUCAUUACCCCAGUCAUUCUUUGCCUUUGUCACGUUAGGUGGUGGCAGAGAAGUGUCAGAAGAUUUGGAGAGUCCUGAAAAAGGGUAUCUGCCCUUCGAGAUAGGACUGGAGUUUUAAGUAGUCAUGCCAACUUCUCAGUGAGAGUAUUGAUGAAAGUUUGAGUCUGGAGAUGCAGGGAAAGUUUUUCUGCGAAACCAUACAAACUACUGCCAAAAGCUCUUAAGCAAUCAGUGUUGAUGAGUUUCACUGCCUGCUUUCUCUCACUCAAGUCCAUAUCAGGAGCACUGCUAUAAGACUGUCACACUUGAGAGGCUGUGUUCUGUUCCACAGCAUGGAUCCUGGAGGUAAGAUCUUUUUCAAUUUUUACACAUAAAACGCUAUAACAGGGUCACAGUGUGGCUCCUUUAUACCUUGAUAGAAUCCACGGUUAAUAUCCUCUGAAGGGGGUUUAUUUAACAGUUGGGGUUAAUUAAUCAGUGUAUUCAUUAUUUACAUGCUGCUUUGUGUGAUUUUUUUUUUUUUUUUUCCUGGGCUGAUAGACUGUGUUUUUGGCUGGAACAAACAGGUUUCACUUUUAAGUUUCACUUUCGUUUUUUUGAAAAUGUUGCACAGCUCCUAUUACUUGCUGUACUUGUAAUAACAGGGGAAGUACUGUCUUGAACUACAUCUGACCGGGUGUGGUCUGUUCAUUUCCUCCAUUCCGGCUAAGACUUGAACCUGAGGAGAGCGUUUCCUCUGUUAACUGUCUGGGUCUAGGAGGUGGUUAGUGCCCCAGCCAUUGGGAGUAUAAAGGUGCAGUUUUCUAUAAUAAAAAAAACAUUUUUAUUUGUGUCCUCCUGUGGGUAUAGCCUUAGCUAUGGAGGGCUCUGACAUGUUAGAACAUAUGCCUUCUGUACUAAAUCAUACUUGUUUAUAUUGUGAGGAGGCCGUGGUUUUCCUGCCCACUCAAUUAUGUUCCACAUACCUUAACACCGUUAUAAAGUCUAAGAAGGGACACAAGCCUGCUUAGACUCUUAGUCCCUCUGAGCCGUCUACCUCUCAGGACUCUGCAUCCUGUGAGAUUACUACCCUUGCUACAUUAUCCACUCCACAUGCAGUUCUCCGUAGCACAUCUAAUCCUCCAUCCGGAGGGGGCCUUCUUCCUGCAGACUUUGCCACGCAGUAACAAACGGCGGUGUCUGCAGCCCUCAGUGCUUUACUUUGCUCUAACAAACGCAAGAGAAAGGUUAAACAUAGCUCUCCUGACCCGGAGUUAUCUAAAUAUUUAGCUAUUAUGUCCCAGUUAUCUGAUGAUGAGUUAACCUCUGUAGCUUCAGAGGGUGAGCUUUCUGGGUCGGAGUCCUUAGCGUCUAAGCCUGCUGCUGCAGAGGAACCGUCCUUCAGAUUUAAAAUUGAGCACUUGCAUUUUUUGUUAUUAAAAAGAGGUUCUGUCUACAUUUAGAGGCUCCAUUCCUAAGGUGGAUGGUGCUAUCUCUACGCUUGGUAAACGUAGUACUAUACCUCUUGGGGAUAGUUCUUCAUUCAGAGAGCCGAUGGAUAAGAAAAUGGAAACCUUUCUGAGAAAGUUGUUUCAACAUACAGGAUUUUUGUUUCAACCUGCAGUUGUUGGAGCAGCUACCUACUGGUGCGACUCUUUGUUAGAACUCAUUGAGGUGGAGUCUUGAGAAUAUACAAGGCAGAAUUAAAGCUCUGAGAAUUGCUAAUUCUUUUAUCUGUGAUGCGAACAUGCAAAUAAUUAGUCUAAAUGCAAAGGCUUAGCUGUACUAGCCCGCCGGGUGCUCUGGUUGAAGUCUUGGUCUAUGGAUAUGACUUUUAAGUCCAGACUCCUUUCUUUUCCCUUCAAGGAAAAGAUUUUAUUUGGUCCAGGCCUGGACUCCAUUAUUUCUACGGUUACUGGAGGCAAGGGUGCCUUCCUACCACAAGAUAAGAACAAGUCUAAGGGAUGACAUUCUUUUAAUUUUCGUUCUGACAAAUCCCAACGACAACAAUCCUUCUCCAAACCCGAGCAACCCAAGAGUACUUGAAAGCCGUCUCAGUCCUGGAAUAAAUCCAAGCAGAAUAAGAAGCCAGUUGAAAAUAAAUCGGCAUUAAGGGGCAGCCCCCGAUCCGGGAUCAUUUUUUUUUUUUUUUUAAGAUGCCUGGUUCAAGGACGUACAGGAUAUGUGGGUCCUGGAGGUGAUAUCUUAAGGAUACAAGAUAGGCUUCAAAUCUCAUACGCCAAGGGGCAGAUUCUUUCUCUUGAAUCUGUCUACCAGACCAGAAAAGAGGGAUGCCUUUCUAGGGUGCGUUCAGGAUCUAUCCUUAGGAGAUGUUGUCCCGGUGCCUAUCUAAGGAAGAGGUUUGGGGGUUUAUUCAACCCUUUCGUGGUCCCAAAGAAGGAGGGAACUUUCCGCCAAAUUCUGGACCUAAAGUGCUUAAACAAAUUUCAGUGUCUCUUCCUUCAAGAUGGAGACGAUAAGGUCCAUCUUUCCUUUAAUUCAGGAAGGCCUGUUUAUGACCACUAAAGAUCUGAAGGAUGCUUACCUCCAUGUUUCAAUCCACAGGGAACACUUUCAGUUCCUGAGGUUUGCAUUCCUAGACCAGCACUUCCAGUUCAUUGCCCUUCCGUUUGGCCUAGCUACUGCUCCAAGAAUCUUUAGGAAUGUUCUGGGGGCUCUUCUAGCCUUUGCCAGAACUCAGGGUAUUGCAGUAGCCUCAUACUUGGACGACAUUCUGGUGCAAGCACCAUCCUUUCGUCUUGCGGAAUAAUUCUCGGAGUCCCAUCUCAGUCUUCAAUCACAUGGAUGGAAGAUAAACUUGGAAAAGAGUUCUCUUAUCCCAAGUACCAGGGUGGAAUUCCUGGGUAUUAUAAUAUACUGCAUAACCAUGAGGAUAUUUCUAACAGACCAGAGACAUUGCAAGCUAACUUCAGCACAUUUUGCCCUCCUGACAACCUUGAGUCCCUCUGUGGCUCAGUGUAUGGAGGUGAUUGGUCUCGUGGUGUCCUGCAUGGACUUAUUUCCUUUUGCCAGGUUCCGUCUCAGUCCUUUACAACUGUGCAUGCUGAGGCAAUGGAACGGCGAUCAUUCAGAUCUGUCUCAAUAGAUUGUAUUAGAAAGCCGGUCGAGAGAAUCGCUCUCUUGGUGGCUCUGUCCAGAUAAUCUGUCCCGAGGGACAUGCUUCUUAAGACCAUCCUGGGAGAUUGUGACUACGGACGCAAGCCUAUCCAGAUAGGGAGCUGUUUGGGGUGCCACAGGGGUUGUGGACUCAGGAGGAGGAGCCCCUUCCGAUCAAUAUUUUAGAACUAAAUGCAAUUUUCAAGGCCUUGAAGGCUUGGCCACUUCUGGGUUCAGAUUCCAAUCAGACAAUAUAACCUUGGUGGCUUACAUCAAUCAUCAGGGGGGAACGAGGAGUUCCUUAGCAAUGAAGGACGUUUCUCAGAUUCUGGAGUGUGCUGAAGCCCACAGCUGUUUACUGUCAGCAAUCCACAUUCUGGGUGUGAACAACUGGGAGGUGGAUUUUCUCAGCAGGCAAUCCUUCCAUCCAGGGGAAUGGUCUCUCUAUCCCGAGGUGUGUGUUUGCAGAGGUAUACAGCAAGUGGGGACGCCGGAGAUAGAUCUCAUGGCAUCCCGUCUCAAUACCAAUCUACCCAGGUACGGGUCGAGGGAUCCCCAAGCGUAUCUAAUAGAUGCACUAGCAGUGCCCUGGAGGUUCAAACUUAUAUUUUUUUCCUCCAUUACCGCUUCUUCCUCGAGUGGUGGCUUGCAUUUAGCAGGAGCGGGUAUGAGUAAUUGCUCCAUCGUGGCCGUUAUGGACGUGGUUCGCAGAUCUAGUGGGGAUGUCCUCAUCUUCUCCGUGGAAGUUACCUUGUCGUAGAGACCUGCUGAUACAAGGUCCAUUUGUUCAUCAAAAUUUAGAUUCUCUGAGGCUGACUGCGUGGAGAUUGAACGCUUAGUCUUAGCCAAGAGAGGUUUCUCUGAGAGUGUCAUUGAUACUCUUAUUUAAGCUCGUAAACCAGUUAUUUGGCGUAUCUACUACAAGGUGUGGAGGACCUACUUAUUCUAGUGUAAAGAGCGUGGUUUUUCCUGGCACAGAGUUAAGGUUUACAGGAUCUUAUCUUUUCUCCAGGAUGAGCUGGAGAAGGGCCUUUCUGCUAGUUCACUGAGGGGACAUAUUUCGACCCUGUGCGUUUUAUUGCACAAGAGACUGGCUGAGCUUCCAGACGUUGAGUCCUUUGUUAAGGCUCUGAUUAAGAUCGACCUGUGUUUUAGAUCUGGGACUCCUCCUUGGAGCCUAAAUCUUGUUCUUAGGGUUUUGUGCAGAGUUUUUGAGAUCUCUGCUUCGCAAUGUGAGCCCCCUUAUCUGUUUUUUUUUAAUGCAGAAAAGGCAUUUUUACAUACUAAAUUAGGCUUUCUUCCUAAGGUUGUCAAAUCGCAACAUCAAUCAGGAGAUAGUGGUUCCUUCCUUGUGUCCUAAUCCUUCUCCAUCUAAGGAACGCUUACUUCACAAUUUAGAUGUGGUUCGCGCCUUGAAGUUCUAUCUUCAGACUACUAAGGAGUUUAGACAAUCUUCCUCUGUUGUCUUUUCAGGGAAGCGUAAAAGGAGCAGAAGGCUACUUCGACUUCCCUAUCUUUUUGGUUAAGGUGUGUCAUCCUCUUAGCUUACGGGACAUCAUCCUCCUGAGAGGAUAACGACUCAUUCCACUAGAGCAGUGGCUUCCUCUUGGACCUUUAAGAACGAGGCCUCGAUGGAUCAGAUUUGUAAGGCGGCUACCUGGUCCUCCUUACAUACUUUUUCAAAAUUUUACAAGUUUGAUGUUUUUGCUUCUGCUGAAGCAGCUUUCGUGAGAAAAGUUUUGCAGGCUGCGGUGCCCUCAGAAUAGGGUCCGCCUCUUCCUUUUUGUUCCCUCCCGUUAUUCAUUCAGUGUGCUCUGGAGCUUGGGUAUAGUUUUCCCAACAGUAAGGAAUGAAGCCGUGGACUCUCCCAAUGUUAGGAAGGAAAACAAUUUAUGCUUAUGAGAUCAAUUCCUUUCCUUCCGGAUAGGGAGAGUCCACGGCCCUCGCCCAUUUUUUCUUAUGGGUGGUCCCCUAUUUUAUUCUUCUGGCACCAUUUAUACCCUAAUGUUUCUCCUACUUUUCCUUGUUCCCUCUGCAGAAUGACUGGGGUAAUGAGGAAGUGGUAGAGAUAUUUAAAGGGACAGUCAACACCAGCAUUUUUGUUGUUUUAAAAGAUAGAUAAUCCCUUAAUUACCAAUUCCCCAGGUUUGCAUAACGAUCAGUUAUAAUUAUACACGUUUUACCUCUGUACUUACCUUGUAUCUAAGCCUCAGCAGACUGCCCCCUUAUUUCAGUUCUUUUGACAGACUUGCAUUUUACCCAAUCAGAGUUGUCUCCAUGGUAAAUUCACGAGCAUGAGCUCAAUGUUAUCUAUAUGAAACACAUGAACUAAUGACCUCUAGUGGUGGAAAACUUUCAAAAUGCAUUUAGAUUAGAGGCGGCCUUCAACGUCUAAGAAAUUAGCAUAUGAACCUCCUAGGUUUAGCUUUCAACUAAGAAUACCAAGAGAACAAAGCAAAAUUGGGAAAUAAAAGUAAAUUGAAAAGUUGUUUAAAAUGACAUGCCCCAUCUGAAUCAUGAAAAAAAAGUCUUUGCCUCCUCCUGGUGGCCAGGUGUUGUAUUUCCCAACAGUAAGGAAUGAAGCCGCGGACUCCCUAUCCGGAAGGAAAGGAAUUGAUCUGGUGAGCAUAAAUUAUGUUUUUAUUCCAUUCUCUUCAUAAUACCAAAGAAACUAGGUAUUUUUCAGUUUAUCACUGUCCUGAAGACUGAACAAAUUUCUGAAAGUGCCCACUUCUGCCUCCUCUUCCUAGCGAACUAGAGUGUACUUCCACAUGUGAAAAGCUUGUGGACUCUCACCAGCAUGAAAUAAAUUAUUUAUCAGGUAAGCAAAAAAAAGUUUUUAUGGGAGAGGGAUUUUCUUACCUUUUGGCAACAAUUCAUUGGUUACAAUUGUUUUGUUUUAUUGAAAUUUAACACUUGUAACCUAAGAAAGGUAUUUAGUGCCUUUUCCCAAAUUUAAUUUUUGAAAUAAUUCAACAUUAUAGGUCUAUAUUUGUUUUAAGAUACCUAAAUGAUUGUUGGAAAUAAUAAUAAAAGUAUAGCCCAUUUUUCAGGGGACGGUACAUGUACAUACCCAAAAUAGCAGUUCACUUCUAUUAUUACAGUGUUGACAUUUUAACUGUAGAAUGCUGAAGUUGUUUUGUUCUGAAUUUAUUAUAGUAAUUUUUCCCCAGGGAAAAAAUGUUUAUCUUUUUUUUUUGUGUGUGUGUUUUUUAUUUUUUUUAUUUUAUUAAAGUACUGUCCUGUUAAAUUGCCCGGAGUACAGUGCUUGAGUAGCUGCUAUAAAGAUUUUACCAAAUUAACAUCAAACAAAAGCAGAACGCAUUGUAUAUUGCAAUUAUUAUUUCUUUUAUGGGUAUAUGCUUUUCAUUUUUUUAAUAUUAAACCCAAGUAAUUAUGGACACAAAUGUUACAAUUGAGUUUUUACUGCAUCCCCAGUAUCUUAAGGUGAAGCUGCAGGUAUCUGCACCACUGGCGUCAUUGGUUGCUCUAUAAUCUAAUCUUCGCUGUACAUGCUGAUGUAUUAAAUAUAAUUUAUAAUAAAAAUGAAUGUGUUUGUAAUA